AUGGCCUCUGGUGUGGUUGUCUCUUAUGGAGUCAUCAAAGUGUUCAAUGACAUGAAGGUAAAGAAGCACAAGAAGGCGGUGCUCUUCUGCCUGAGUGAAGACAAGAACAUCAUCCUGGAAGAGGGCAAGGAGAUCCUGGUAGGUGAUGUGGGCCAGACAGUAGACGGCCCCUAUGUCACCUUCGUCAAGAUGCUGCCGGACAAAGACUGCCGCUACGCUCUGUAUGAUGCGACCUAUGAGACCAACGAGAGCAAGGAGGACCUGGUGUUUAUCUUCUGGGCCCCUGAGUCUGCACCUCUUAAGAGCAAAAUGAUCUACGCCUGCUCCAAGGAUGCCAUCAAGAAGCUUACGGGGAUCAAGCAUGAAUUACAAGCAAACUGCUAUGAGGAGGUGAAGGACUCUGGCAGAGAAGCUGGGGAGUGCGGGGGCCUGACACGGCCGGGGAUCUCCCUUCUCCGUGGCCAGUAUGGAAAGAGAGAUGAAAUUGGUUCUUCGUAG